ACCACAUCUUUUCCUCGCCUUUCUUCAUUAGCGACACACUCUCACUCUUUCUCAUCUCUCUCUCUCUCUAACAAUUUAGGAACAUUUAGUUUUUGUAGUAUUUUCCCCUUAGGAAAAAGAUUUUCAUCACUCAAGGAAGAAAAAAUGGCGGAUCAGCUAACUGACGAUCAGAUCUCAGAAUUCAAGGAAGCAUUUUCUCUAUUCGACAAGGAUGGCGAUGGUUCCAUCACCACCAAGGAGUUGGGGACGGUGAUGCGCUCUCUGGGACAGAAUCCAACAGAAGCUGAACUUCAGGACAUGAUCAAUGAGGUCGAUGCUGAUGGCAAUGGGACAAUCGAUUUCCCUGAGUUCCUCAACCUGAUGGCAAGGAAGAUGAAGGACACCGACUCUGAGGAGGAGCUGAAGGAAGCUUUCCGUGUUUUCGACAAGGACCAAAAUGGGUUCAUUUCGGCAGCUGAGCUGCGCCACGUCAUGACCAACCUUGGGGAGAAGCUGACUGACGAGGAGGUCGAUGAGAUGAUCCGUGAGGCUGAUAUGGAUGGCGAUGGACAGAUCAACUAUGAUGAGUUCGUCAAGGUGAUGAUGGCCAAGUGAGAUUUCGAGAACCUUUAGCUAGACUUUAAAAGUAUUAAAGACCAACCAAGAAAGAGGUCAGGGCAGACAGGUUUGAUGAAAUUUCUGUUAGAAUUAAUGACUUUAUUUGGAUGCCAGCAUGUUUUCCAGUUUGCAUUGGUUUCGACUUCUAUUGCUUAGUAUAUGCUUGUUUGCCCCCCAGUUCCUUGUUUCAUUACUUGGGGUUGUUUGUAACUUCAACUAUUUUCUUUCGAACCUACAGCAAUUGGUAAAACUCUUUGAUUUUUUUAUUCUUUUACCAGUGACUGACUUCUUGAUA